ACCGGAAGUGAUGUGCGCGGUGAAUUUUGGGUAAACAAGCAACAGCGGAGAGGAAUAUAUAUAUAUAUAUAUAAAAACAAGCUGUAAAAUGUCCCGUGGACAAACAUGGAGUUGCGAGGAGACUCAGGCACUUAUUACCGUAUGGUCAGAUGACUAUAUCGCACAGUUGCUUGCGACUACCCACAAGAAUAUUCACGUUUUUAAUUUGUUCAGCGAAAAGAUGGCGGCGUGGGGAUUCAAUCGAACGGCGCAACAGUGUCGCAUCAAGGUGAAAAAACUGCGACAACAUUACAUAAAGGUCCGUGACUCCAUGCGGAAUAAUGGUUGUUCGGGGGACGAGAAGGAGAAGUUCCCCUGGUACGAUCAACUUGACGAAAUACUCGGGACAAGACCUGUCAGCAGCUCGAAGCAUGAGUCUUUACAAGACGAUGUCCCUAUCGGUGCCCCUAUCACUGCUAUUAAAACAGAGCCAGAUGAUCUGUCACAGUCCUCCGUUAGUCGGGAUUGGUGCAAAAGUGGGUCCAGUGAAAUUCACCUCGGAGACGAGAGCACAACCAGCUCAGCUCAGAGCUCAGAGAGCCCCAGACCCGAGCGAGAAACAAACACUUUUCGCUGUACAGUACCCGGUGGCCCAAACAAGAAAAGAAAAAGCAGGGUUCAUCGUUUUGACAUUUUUUUGGAAAGCUACAUGCAGCAGAAGCAGCAAAUGGAUGAGGCCGACCGAAAACGACGGGACGAGGAGAGGGCGGCGUUUGAAAAGUUUAUGAGAAUGCAGCAAGAGGCGGAUGAGCGGCGGUUUAAAGCCAUGCAGGAACAGCAGCAAGUCAACAACCAACUGUUGUUGCAAAUGAUGGGGAUACUGGAUCAAGUUGUAAAGCAUUUAAAAAAAUGAAGGGACUUUUUUUGUUGUUGGUUGAUUAUGUAAUAAACGGCUGAUCAAAAAAAACCAAA